UGAGUGAUUUCAGUUCUAUAAGAGUAGAAACAAUCAGCAAGCAAAAGCCUUUCAAAAGUGUUCCCAAAGCCAAAGCUGUGUGUGGUCAGUAAACAUAGAAAAUGGCUUCCUCCAUCGUCUCAUCCGCGGCUGUUGCCUCCGUUAACAGGGCCUCUCCGGCUAAAGCUGCCAUGGUCGCACCUUUCACCGGUCUCAAGUCGGCCUCGGCCUUCCCUGUCACCCGCAAACACAACACUGAUAUUACCUCCAUAGCCAGCAAUGGCGGAAGAGUUCAGUGCAUGCAAGUAUGGCCUCCACUUGGAAAGAAGAAGUUUGAGACUCUCUCUUACCUACCUCCUCUCUCUCCUGAAUCAUUGGCCAAGGAAGUGGAUUAUCUGAUUCGCAAGGGAUGGAUUCCUUGUUUGGAGUUCGAGUUGGAGCACGGGUUCGUUUACCGUGAGAACCACAGAUCUCCAGGGUACUACGAUGGUCGCUACUGGGUAAUGUGGAAGCUCCCCAUGUUUGGCUGCACCGACUCUUCUCAGGUCCUGAAAGAGCUUGAGGAGUGCAAGAAGGAAUACCCUAAUGCAUUCAUUCGUAUCAUUGGAUUUGACAACAAGCGCCAAGUGCAGUGCAUCAGUUUCAUUGCCUACAAGCCUCCAAGCCACGUCUAAUUGAAUCCCUUUUCUUUCCUGCAUGUCUUGCUAGCUUCUUGUUGCGAUUGAAGUUCAUGUUUUGUCUUUCAACGUACUCCAGACCUUUGAAUUCUUAUUUUUGUCUGAAUUCUGUUUAAUUAUUUUGUGAGAUCUCCAACUGAACAAAGACUGUCGUACUAUGGUAAUAAAAUUUGUGAUGUUUUGUUGGU